GGUGCUGCUGGGCUGACCCUGUUCUCUCUUCCCUCAGUACAUGGGCUGCAUCGAAGUCCUCCGCUCCAUGCGCUCCCUGGACUUCAGCACUCGCACCCAGGUCACCAGGGAAGCCAUCACCCGGCUCCAUGAGGCUGUGCCUGGCGUCAGGGGUUCCUGGAAGAAGAAGGCCCCCAACAAGGCGCUGGCCUCCAUCCUGGGUAAGAGCAACCUGCGCUUCGCAGGAAUGAGCAUUGCAGUCAGCAUCUCCAUCGAUGGCCUCAACCUCUCGGUGCCGGCCACGCGCCAGAUCAUCGCCAACCACCACAUGCAGUCCAUCUCCUUCGCAUCGGGUGGCGACACGGACAUGGCGGAUUACGUGGCCUAUGUGGCCAAGGACCCCAUCAACCAGAGAGCCUGCCACAUCCUGGAGUGCUGCGAGGGCCUGGCCCAGAGCGUCAUCAGCACCGUGGGGCAAGCCUUCGAGCUACGCUUCAAACAGUACCUGCAUAGCCCCCCCAAGGUGGUCUUACCCCCGGAAAGGCUGACCGGGCUGGAGGAUUCGGCCUGGGGGGAUGAGGAGGAGCUGGAACACAACUACUACAACAGCAUCCCGGGGAAGGAGCCGCCCCUGGGCGGUCUGGUGGACUCCAGGCUCGCCCUCACACAGCCCUGCCCGCUCGGGACCCCUGGAGCCCUCGGCCAGGCAGCACCUCCUGCUCGAAGAGACACCCGCGGCCUGCAGUGGGACAUGGGCCCCUCAGCGCCAGCCCCGCCAGGGGACGGCUACGUGCAGGCGGACGCCCGGGGCUCCCGAGACUACGAGGACCACCUGUACGUCAACACGCAGGGUCUGGACGGCCCCGAGCCGCUGCAGCCCGAGGACAGCCCCCAGAGGGACCUGUUCGACAUGCGUGCCCGGUCAGUGCUGCCCAGUUCAGAGGGACCCUUUGAGGAUGCCCUGAGGCUGCAUGAGUGCUCCGUUGUUGCGGCGGGCACUGCGGCAGCCCCCCUCCCGGUGGAGGACCAGUGGCCCAGCCCCCCGACCCGCCGAGCCCCCAUCGCCCCCACCGAGGAGCAGCUGCGGCAGGAGCCCUGGUACCACGGCCAGAUGAGCCGUCGGGCGGCCGAGAAACUGCUUCGAGCCGACGGGGACUUCCUCGUGCGCGACAGUGUCACCAACCCCGGACAGUACGUCCUCACUGGCAUGCACGCGGGGCAGCCCAAGCACCUGCUGCUGGUGGACCCUGAGGGCGUGGUAAGGUGCGGACCAAGGACGCACUGUUUGAAAGCAUCAGCCACCUGGUCGACUACCACCUGCAGCACGGGCAGCCCAUUGUGGCCGCGGGGAGCGAGCUGCACCUGCGCGGCGCGGUCAAGCGGGAGCCCUGAGCCAGGUGGUGAUUCUCAGCCCGCGGGUCCUGGCCCUGCUCCCUGAUGCCCCUGUCGUGGCCUUAGGGGCUCCUCAGCCUUUGUCUGGACCCUGGUUGGGCCUGAACCGCCGCUGUCUCUCCUUCCUCUGCGUGGGUCUCUGGAAUCUUCCUUCUCCAGCUGGCCCUGGGCUGGGUCAACUGGGCCAGGAGACGGGGCCCCAGACCCCUUUCUCCUGCUGAGUCCCCACCUGCCUGCACCUUUCACCUAGAGUGAGGGUGCAUAUACCAAAGACAGAACCUUUUCUCGCCUUUAAGGAAAAUAUAUCAAAAAGCAGCCACGUACCUGGGAGCCCUGGCCAAGGUCCCUGACAGGGCUGGACAUCAGCUCACCUCCCUGGCUUGGGAGGGUCCCCAUCUCCCUGGCAUGGAGAGGGAUUCCUGGCUUGGCUGGGCUCAGUCUUUCCUCCUGAAAAAUUUGUGCACAGUUGUCUUUCUGGGGAGGAAUCGAGGUGCUUUGGGUCCUCAGCCCAGGCCGAGUGCUGGUGUGGAUGUGUUGAUGGGGAAUGUUGAAGGGGCAGCCUUGUGGCUCCCCUGGGAUGAGGGAGGCAUCCUGGCAAAUCCUGGACAAUGGCCCCUGGUGGAGGUGGCUGUGAGGCCCCGCCCUCCCUGCUGUCAACCUGGAUGGACAUUUGGAAUCUGUUUGUAAUUAAACCUGGGAAUGACCUUGA